GGUUAAACCUGGUCGAUACUGACUCACUGAGGGAGAAAUCGUCGAUGUCGAUAUUCUGUAUCUGAGCUGUGGUAUUAUUAUCACGAGUGUUACCAGAUUUUUGAUUAGUUUCCGCUUACUGCGGAAAUCCUUCAAACGCUUCGAGACGGGGUUCCGGGGCUGGCAUGCGCAAAGCAAACAACCUUGGAAGGGAAAAAUGGUGGGCAGGCGUAUUCGUACUGUACUACUGCCGGCAUGAUGAGAUGCCAGGACGUGGACCGGCAAGACGGCUCAGAACCUGGUGGAAGGGUGACUGGGACACAGCCAAAACUGAGCGGGAGAUGUGCCGUGGGCGUCAGCUUGUGUGGUGCCUCUUCCCCCCCCGUUGUGAAUUCUGGACCUUGCAGGCUUGGUUGGGGAGGGGGGGCAGGCGACCUUACGGAGCAAUCGAUGCCUGUCUGUCAUCAUAUGUCGUGUUGUACGGGAAAAGGACGCUGGCGAAGCCUGGUGCAACAACGCCUCGUGGGCAGAUCGUCUCCCAAAGGAGAUGUACGAAAAACAUAGGCUGGGUUCACUACAGUUUCUGAACCCUUACACGGCGGGAUGCAAUUGCAGCUGCACUCAUCUACAAGCGAUUGGACACGGGACGGCGGCAUAGCGUCUAUGAUGGGGUUGGGUUUCACAGAGGCGAUUGCCUCACCUUCUCACAUGCGCCUUUUUCUCGAUUUGGGGGUGAGACUGCCAUGUCAGAUCAUUGAGGUAGGAUAGAAAGGGGAGAGAGGAAAUAUACGAGAACGACAGACGCCGCAGAGUGAAAGAGG